CCCGUUCACCUACGUCUGACUCACUGGGUGUGUUGUUUUCACUUCGUCGUGUUUCAGAGUUUUGUUUUCCAUACCUCACUGCGUAGUUCGCACAAACAAACCAAUCAAAUUUCACUUCUUGGUCGUCGCCCGAAUCAUAAAAACCAGCCGCUGUUUCCUGCAGAGUCACUUUAGCGAAAAUGUUUUCAUGGGGAGAGGACUGGCAGCAGGGCUUCCGCUUGAAGAAGGGAGUCUCUACCGGUGACGGCGUCCACUUUUUAAACUUGACUUUUCGGAUCUCUGACCUGUGUGCGGGUCACAGGGUGCUCGCAUUCGUUAAAAGCAACGGAGACCCAUUCAUCAUUCGCAUAAAUGAGAGCCCGGACGGGAAAGGAGUGAAAGGAAAGCUGAAGUUUGUGGACUGCAAAGAGAAGAUCAAGGCUGUGAGCUGCGGAGAUGAUUCGGUCACAUUUCUGUCUGAGGGAGGGAAACUGUUCUGUGUGGACGCAACUCAGACUCCUUUCAUCCCCAGCACUCCAAAGGGUUUCGGCAACAUACUUGUGUCUCAGGUCGCUUGUGGGAGCAAACACACAGUUGUCUUGACAAAAGGUGGUCAGGUGUUCACCUGGGGCCAGGACUCCAGGGGUCAGCUGGGUCUGGGGGGGAGGAAGGCUGGGGCUGGUUCGCCCCAACAGGUCCAAACUCUGUCAGCGAUCCCUGUGGUCCACGUGGCUGCAGGGGGGGAGCACAGCUUCGCCCUCUCCGUCUCUGGAGGUGUGUUCGGCUGGGGAGGAAACCACUGUGGCCAGCUCGGACUGGGAGACACAACAGACCGACAUACUCCAACUCCUGUUCAUUACCUGAACAUGAAGAAAACUGUUCAUAUUUCCUGUGGAAAGGACCACACUGCUGCUCUGACAAAGGAUGGAGGAGUGUUCACAUUCGGCUACGGUCAACACGGACAGCUCGGCCACAACUCGUUACAAAACGAACUACGUCCUCGUGUUGUUGCAGAACUCUGGGGCGCAAAGGUCAUCCAGGUUGCAUGUGGAAGUCAUCACACAUUAGUGCUGACGGACGCUCAGAGGAUCUACUCCUUUGGUUGUGGUGAUCAAGGUCAGCUGGGACACGGAGAGGAGAGUCAUUCGUCUGUGCCGCUACCUGUCCAACUGGCUCAGGAUACCGCUAAUGACCACAAAAUUCAAAACAUCUACGCAGGAGGGAACAGUUCUUUUGCUACUGAGCACGUUCAUGAAGACUCAAACACAGGCCCUAAAAUCAAUGAAACACAGGACUCUGUUGAUAAUAUGAUCGUCAAAUGGAUCUCUGAAUGUGAUCCAAAGUCACAGAAAAGGAUAAAACUGGAAAUUUUUGGGAUGUUUUCUUCUGCAUCCUGUUUGAACCAAAGCUUCCUUGACCGAAGGAAAGACCAACAUUUCCAGACGUCGCCUAAGUACUCCGGUUUGCACUUGUCACUUGCACAUCGUAACUUUGGGAAACUGCUGAAGAUGGAUUUUAUUUUGGAAGAGGUCGAGGCUGCUGUUCUGCGUCUGCUUCCCUCUCUCGAUAAGAAACCAGUGGGAGUGGAGGGGUUGAGGAUCUACCUGCUUCUCACUGAGUUUCUGCAUGUGAUCCAGAAACGCAAAGGGCUACAGAGCUCAAAGCUCGCUGAGGAGAUCGCUGCUGCAGCACAAAGACUCUCUCCUGAGAGCCUCCAGAUUAUAGUAGAGUGGUGGUCCGCACUGUCACCCUCUGUCAUGGUCAGACAUGUUGAGGUGUGGAAGAACGCGCUCUCAGGGAUCUUGAUGUCUAACCAGCUGUCACGCAACACAGUCAGCAACCUGCUACUGAUCCUGCACAAUAUGCACAAUGCCAACGAGAGGAAGAAAAUCCCUGAAGCAUCUUUUUGCUCAGAGAUAAACCAAAAUUUCCUUAACAUGGAUUUGCAGCGUUGGAGAAAUUCAUCUCGAGAUGGCACUCAGGUUGUAAAUGAUCCACCACUCCUUCUUCUUUGCAGCUCGGCAUAUCUGCUGGAUCUGAAAUCAAAGAUAUGGGUUCUUCAAACCAAUAAUAAUUGGACUCAGGGAGAGCACCAACAGCCGAUAAUGCCUUUCCCCUGGAAUUGGGGGUGUGAGCCCGAGCAGUUUUUUCAACUGAACCUAAGGCGAGAGUCGCUCUUGGAAGAAACCUUCGCACAGUUAGCUGCAGCGCCUCCCAACACCAUGAAGAAGCCACUUAUGGUCUUUUUCGAUGGGGACACAGCUGUCUCACAGGUCUACAGGAGAGACUUUUUUCACCAGUUGUUUCAUGACAACAUGUUUUUGUUGAAAACCGAGAUGUUCAUGUUCAAUGACUCCAAAACUCUGGCGUGGUUCCCCUCCAGGGAACCAACAGACGAACUUCAGAGAAAGUUAUACGUGUUUGGGCUUCUGUGUGGACUGGCCUUAUACAACAGCGUUAUCAUACAGUUACCAUUCCCACUGGCUCUAUUCAAGAAGCUACUCAAUGUAGAACCAACACUAGAGGACAUGAUGGAGUUUAACCCAAGUGUCGGACAGGCUCUGCAGUACAUCUUGGACCACGAAGAUGAUGACCUGGGCAUGUGUUUUACGAUUGACUGGGAUAAGACAGAGGUUAAACUUGAUCCUCAAAAUCCUGGAAAGCCAGUGACAAGUGAAAACAAGAAGGAAUUUGUGGAUGCAUAUGUGAACUAUGCCUUCAACACAUCGGUGGAGCGUGUGUACCAGGAGUUUGAGCGAGGCUUCUUCCAGGUGUGUGACCGCCAUUUGUUGAAGCUGUUUCGCCCAGAGGAGCUGCAGGGAGUGCUGGUGGGCAAAGAUGACUAUGACUGGGAGAAGAUGAAAAGGAACACAGCUUAUAAGUGGCCUUACAAUAACAAUCACCCCACCAUACUGAUGUUUUGGGAGGUUUUUGAUGAACUAAGUGAAGACCACAAGAAAAAAUUAUUUUUGUUCGUGACCGGUUUUAAGAGGGUUCCCAUUCUCGGCAUGGACCAGAUCCUGAUGACUGUGCGAAAGUGCAGAGUCCAGAGCAGCUCUCACGAUCAGCACUGUCCUCAGGCCCUGACGUGCUACUCUUAUCUGGAUCUUCCCUCAUACUCUACCAGGGAGAUCAUGAAAGAGAAACUAAUAGAGGCCCUAGAGUCGAAGAGAGGCUUCGUACAGCAAUGAUAGUGGGUCAAAGCAUGUAUCGAGAAAGAGUUGGCGUUAUAUUUACUGUGGGGUCACCUUUCCUGCACUACCUCUGGAUAAAAAUUAAAAAAAAAAAAAACUGUUAAUGGUGUCAUUCCUACUCAUGACACCAUUUCCUACUCUGGAAUAAAGUACAUAUUUUUUUAUGUGAUAAACUGACACCAAGAUAAAAUUAAGAAUUUCUACAAAAUCUAAUGUACUUGAAUGUAAAUAUCACCUUAAAGAUUUAUAAUGUUGUUGCAAUUAUUCCAAUUUUCUGUUCUCUGGUUUGUGGCUCUGUAUUAAAUGUAAACUUAUUUACUUGGGAGGCACAUGGCUUGAAAUGUUUAUAUGUGCACUUUUAUAAUGUAUACGCUAUAAUUGAAAUAAUUUAACUAAUGUGUGUGUGUGUAUUAUGAGUCUACUCAGGAACUAAGGAUUAUUUUUUUUAUGUGAUGACCUAACGCCAAGAUAAAAUCUAGAAGAAUCUUUACUUAAUCUAAUGCACUCCAAUGCAGUACUAAAGAUCAAGAUUUAUAAUGUCAUUGCACUUAUUCCAAUUAUCUGGUCUCCGGUUUGUGGUUGUGUAUUAAAUGUAAACCAAUUUACUUUGCUCUAUUUUGAGAUUUAUUACUUGAAAAUAAAUAUUUCUCUUGAUUUAAUCAUUUAGAAAAACGACAACAUUCCCAUUCAUUUACUUGCAUAGACAAAGAGAACCCAAUUAAAAAAAUGAGACAGAAACAUUGUA